ACCAGCCACUGAAGAAGGGGUAUUCCAAGCAUCUCUGCCUUGACCAGCAGCAGGAUGGGGAGAGUAGGCCCCAGACCCGAAGGAGGGCUCAGCCUUGAGAUUAGGCUGGAGACACAACAAGGGGUGGGGACCGGGCAGGGGCGGAGCAGAGCAGGUGGUAAUCUAGCUCAGAGACCCGAGCCUUGCACUCCCCACACUCCUCUCCCCAUGGACCGCACCGUGGUGCUCAUCACUGGCUGCUCCUCCGGCAUUGGCCUGCACCUGGCCCUGCGUCUGGCAUCCGACCCCUCGCGGAGCUUCAAAGAUCCUCCUCUUCUUCCGGUACCUCCAGUGUAUGCCACGCUGCGGGACCUGAGGGCGCAGGGCCCGCUGUGGGAGGCGGCCCGGGCCCGAGGGUGCCCUCCUGGCUUCCUGGAGACAUUGCAGCUGGACGUGAGGGACGCAGACUCUGUGGCCGCUGCGCGGGCACGCGUGACCGAGGGCCGCGUGGAUGUGCUGGUGUGUAAUGCGGGGCGGGGCCUGCUCGGGCCGCUGGAGGUGCAUACGGCUGGCGCCGUGGGGUCCGUGCUGGACGUGAACGUGGCGGGGACGGUGCGGACACUGCAGGCCUUCCUGCCCGACAUGAAGCGCCGCCGCUCGGGACGCAUACUGGUGACGGGGAGCAUGGGCGGCUUGAUGGGUGCGUGGAAUGGGGCGGGGCCAGUGGGAGGGGCGGAGCCUGGUGGCAGGGCCACGGGCUGCAGUGGGCUCCUGGUGGGAGACCCUCCCAGACGCGCAUCCAAAGCCUCUUCUCCCCUCGAAGGGCUGCCGUUCAACGCCGUUUACUGCGCCAGCAAGUUCGCGAUCGAAGGUCUAUGCGAGAGUCUGGCGGUUCUGCUGCCGCCCUUCGGGGUCCACGUGAGCCUCAUCGAGUGCGGCCCGGUGCGCACCGCCUUUCUGGAGAAGCAGGAGGGCGUCCCGGGAGGGGCGCUGGACGGCGCGGACGCCGAGACCCGGGUCCUCUUCUCCCGCUACCAGCGCCAUUUGGAGCGGAUCUUCCGCGAGGCGGCGCAGGACCCGGAGGAGGUGACCGAGGUAGGCGCCGGGCGCGGCCCCGGGACCAAGGACGGCGCGCGGGGGGUGGCGGCCAGCCCCCGGCCAGCGCGCCUCCCUCCGCCGCCGCAGGUCUUCCUCGCCGCGCUGCGCGCCCCGCGUCCCGCGCUGCGUUACUUCAGCACCGAGAGCUUCCUGCCCCUGGCGCACCUGCGCCUGGCCGACCCCAGCGGCUGCAGCUACGUCGCCGCCAUGCACCGCGCGGUGUUCGCCGACGAGCCCGCGGAGGAGGAGACGGCCUCGGACCGCGGCGGCCCAGUGCUCUGCGCCCCUCCCGCCGCCGCCGCCCCGCAAUAAAGUCUUGGCCCGCCGCUGUCUGCCGCUCUCUCCUUUGUGCCCCAGGGGCGCGCGGCUCCGGGGGACGGCGCCAGGCGGCCGGCUCACCGCACCUGUGCGACAAGUGGCGCGUGCACGGGUGGGUGACCUGGAAAGAUCAUGGUUAGCCCGGGUUAUGCCUAUGCGGAAACCGAGGCCCAGAAAGGGGAAGGAGCUAGUCCGCGGAAGGGCAGGGUGGAGAGUGGUCCCUGGAGUCUCACGGGGUGUCUGCAGCAGGAGUUAGGUGGACCUGGGAAGGCGGAGAGUAGGGGUAUGACUUGACCCCCACUAGUCAUGGGACCUCAGGCAAGGGCCUUAUCCUGAGUCUGUUUUUUUUUUUUUUUUUUUUUUAAGAUUUUAUUUAUUUAUUUUACAGAGAGGGUUAGCGAGAGCAGGAACACAAGCAGGAGGAGUGGGAGAGGGAGAAGCAGACCCCCCACUGAGCAGGGAGCCCGAUGCGGGGCUGGAGCCCGAUGCGGGGCUCGAUCCCAGGACCCUGGGAUCAUGACCUGAGCCGAAGGCAGAUGAUUAACGACUGAGCCACCCAGGCGCUACUCUCAGUCUGUUUUCUUAUCUGUAAAAUGGGUAUAAGACCUAUGUCAUGGAGUGUAUGAAAGGAUUAAUUGAGGUAAUGUCUGGAAGUGCUGGGAUAGAGGUCUUAUUAUUUUCUUUUUUUUUAAGAUUUUAUUUAUUUGACAGAGAGAGAGAGAGGACAAGCAGAGGGAGUGGCAGAGGGAGAGGGAGAAACAGGCUCCCCACCAAGCAGGGAGCCUGAUGUGGGGCUCCGUCCCAGGGCUCCAAGACCACGACCCCAGGCGAAGGCGGACACUGACUGAGCCACCCAGGUGCCCCUGGGAUGGAGGCCUUAACAGCAGGCACCGCUAUUAUUACUACUACUGGGUGUGUCACUAUUGUAAUUGUGUUCCUGUGUGGAAGCCAGAUGUGUAAAGAAGAAACAAAGCUAAGUGAGUCAAAAGGAUACAGCUCCAUCCUCCUCUGUUCCCCUGCCCUAGACAAAACUCAGCUGGAGGGAUCCUCACCAGCCCAGAAGCUGCCACUCACCAGGAGGUUCAGCUGAGGCUCCAGGCCUGGUGGGUCGGCCCAAUGGGCUGUCCUUCCUGAAGUCAGGGGAAGGCGCUGGAGUGGCAGGAGCCAGUGAAAGGGCCAAUCUUCUAGGGUGCUGAGGUGGAGUGGAGAAUAGGUGGAGACUAGGCCCGGGGUUGCAGGCAGAAGGAUAGGUGUGCCCAGGAGAUGGGACUGGGGAAGGGACUAGGAGACGGGGAGGGAAAUGACCAUUUGGAGUGGCCAGGGGCCUGGCUGCUGGAGUUUUGUGUGGAACCUGAGGGGGGGCGGGGAGGAGGCACCGCAUCUUGGCACGCUGCUACCUCCAGGUAGUGGUCUGCUCUGGGCCGUUGGACUGCUGGCCGCUUCUGCUCCUGGGACAGGGGACCUCAGCCAGCUCAUCCCUGCCUAUCCCCCUGCCCUGCUGGCCCUGAUGGUUCUGCUGUCCCUUCAGGAUCCAGAAAGGCCACAGAAGUGGAAAGGGCCAACGUGGCAUGAAUCUCUGAGACAUAGGCCCUGCUCUCAGAGCCCAGCUCCUGUCCCCCAAGCUGCUCUUUUGCACCCCUGUGUGAGUGUGUGUAUGGAUGUGUGUGUAUGCGCGUGCUCACAAGGUCACCCCUGGGAGGUGGGGACACGAUGAGAAAGGCAAAGUGUAAUCCCUCCAAAUUACAUUCAUACUUUUUUUUUUAGAUUUUAUUUUUUA